AAUCACAAGUUUUAUUGUCAUAUUUUGUCAUGAACUAAUGAAUUAAAUUCAUUAUUCAUAAAAGUUAAAACUAUUAAAAAACAGAAGUUAAAGAGCAGACAGUAUUUAGUUAUACACAACCAAGACUCUGUAGAGUUCUGCAAGAAAUGGCUAAGUUGGAAUUACUGCAAUCAAUAAAUGCCCACAAAGGAAUAGUUUGGAAUGUGUCAUGGCAUCCUACGGGUAAAAUAUUUGCUUCAUGUGGGGAAGAUAAGGUAAUUAAUUUAUGGAAUAAAGAGAGCCAAGGAUGGGCAGUCAAGACAAUGUUAGUGGAUGGUCAUCAACGCACAAUAAGAGAAGUUGCAUGGUCACCAUGUGGAAAUUUCUUAGCCUCAGCCAGUUUUGAUGGUACAACUGCUGUGUGGGACAAAAAAAGUGGUCAGUUUGAAUGUAAUGCAACAUUGGAGGGACAUGAGAAUGAAGUAAAAAGCGUAGCCUGGUCACCUUCAGGGCAACUCUUGGCAACAUGUGGCAGAGAUAAAUCUGUUUGGGUGUGGGAAGUUGCCGGUGAUGAUGAAUAUGUCUGUGAAGCAGUACUGAAUGCUCAUAAUCAAGAUGUUAAAAAAGUUGCAUGGCAUCCUUCAUUAGAGAUAUUAGCUUCUGCCUCAUAUGAUAACACAGUUAAAAUUUACAAGGAAGAUCAGCUGGACAGCGAUUGGAACUGUGUGGCCACACUAGAUUCACAUGAGUCCACAGUGUGGAGUUUAUGUUUUGAUAAGACUGGGGAGCGACUUGCUUCUUGCAGUGCUGACAACACUGUAAAAAUUUGGAAGGAGUAUAAGCCUAAUAAUGAAUUGGGUGUCAGUGUACCUAAUGAAGAAGCAGCUUGGAAAUGUAUAUGCACAUUAUCAGGCUAUCAUACCAGAUGCAUUUAUGACAUUGCUUGGUGUCACCACACUGGUCUUCUAGCAACAGCCAGUGGGGAUGACAUAAUAAGAAUUUUUAAAGAAGCAGACAAUUCAGACCCUAAUGCACCCACUUUUGAUUUAAUAUGCAAAAAAUAUAAUGCACAUUCUCAAGACGUGAAUUGUGUAAAAUGGAAUCCUACUGGCAACCAAGAGCUUAUAUCAUGCAGUGAUGAUGGAGAAAUUCGAGUUUGGAAAUUUGUGGACGAAUAAAUAUUCUUGUAUUUACUUUUAUCCUAUGUAUAUUUAUUACUUUGUUCACAUAAUAUAUUGUUAUUUUUAAAUGAAAUAUUAUGGUAAAUAAAUGGUUGAUAUAUAAUGCAA